GACAGGAGAGUCUGGCUACAGGCUGUAGAGGAGUUUAGAGUGUGUGUGAGUGAGAGCAUCAAGCGAUCUGACCCGGCGGAGAGUGUGUGUGAGUGCCUAGUGUGGGAGACAGCGGCGAGAGCGGAACGCACGGGCACGCACAACUUGGGAUAACUCACCUGGCUGGACAGAAACAUCUCUCUCCCUCCAUCUCGCCUAUCAUCUCUCUCCUUGCUAAGGGAUUCGAGCGGUGUGAUAGACUACUGGUCUGGCUGCGGGGAAGGUGUUAAUGUGUGCCUAUAGGAUGUAUGCAUUUGGUGGGAUGUUGUGUCGCGUGGUGUCGGUGCUAUGGCCUGUCCUUUCGGUUGUCUCGGGCUUCAACCUGCAUGCGGAGCGCCCUGCGGUGUACCGAGGACCAGAGGGGAGCUACUUUGGUUACUCCGUGGACUUCUACCGACCGACCCCCGAAAGCAGCACGUUGAGUGUAUUGGUGGGAGCACCCAAGGCCAACACAUCCCAGCCAGGCAUCAUAGAGGGAGGAGCUGUCUACUACUGUCCCUAUCCCCUAAACCCUGACCCCACCAAGCAACCCUACAGCUGCACACAGAUACCCUUCGACAACGCCAAUAACAGGAUGAUUAAGGUUAAUGGCACCAGGGAGCCUCUGGAGUUCAAGUCUCACCAGUGGUUUGGAGCCUCAGUUAGAACUCACAAAGGCAAAGUGGUGGCCUGUGCUCCUCUCUACCACUGGCGUACUGUGAAGGUGAACGGUGAGAAGGACCCGGUAGGAACCUGCUAUGUUGCCGUGCAGAACUUCAGCGCCUACGCAGAAUACUCACCCUGUAGGACCAAUGAUCCAGACCCGGAGGGACAGGGUUUCUGCCAGGCCGGGUUCAGUGUGGACUUCACCAAGGAGGGGACACUGGUGGUGGGUGGACCUGGCAGCUUCUACUGGCAAGGUCAGGUGAUGACUGCAGGCGUAGCAGAGAUAUUGAAUGGUUACUCUCUGAAAGCCGUGCUCAGGAGGGUCCCUGGAGAGAAACACACACACGCUGCAGCUGAUACCCAUGACGACAGCUACCUAGGUUACUCUGUGGCAGUGGGGGAAUUCACAGGAGACUCAGAGCAAGAGCUGAUAGCUGGUGUUCCGAGAGGGGCACAGAACUUUGGAUAUGUAGCUGUGAUUAACUCCACUAAUCUGACAUUCAUCAUGAACUUCACAGGAGAGCAGAUGGCUUCCUACUUUGGCUAUUCUGUGGCCGUUACUGACCUCAACGGAGAUGGGUAUGAUGAUGUACUGGUAGGAGCACCUCUCUACAUGGAGAGAGAGAGGGAGAGUAAACCCAAGGAGGUGGGCCGUGUCUACCUGUACCUCCAGCACUCCCCGCUCACCUUCUCCGAGCCCCUUCUCCUGACGGGAACACACACCUUUGGACGCUUUGGCACUGCCAUCGCCCCGCUAGGAGACCUCAACCAGGACGGAUACAACGACGUGGCGGUGGGUUGUCCGUUUGGUGGGGAGGACCGGAGUGGCCUGGUGUUGAUCUACAAUGGCCAGAGAGACCUGACGGCCCGCGGCCUAACCCUCAGCCAGGAGCUCUAUGGAGCCUGGGCCUCCAGUAGUGGCCUCUCCGGCUACGGCUUCACCCUGAGGGGGGACAGAGACCUGGACAACAACCAUUACCCUGAUCUGAUAGUGGGAGCAUUUGGUAAAGGGGAGGUGUCGGUGUACAGGGCUCGUCCUGUAGUGUCAGUGGAGGCAGAGAUGAUCCUGACUCCUAGAAUCCUGAACCCUGAUGACCGAUCCUGCCUCCUGACAGAAUCUGAUACCAUGGUGACCUGUCUAAGGGUAGAUAUUUGUGCAAAGGUGAGCGGUGUGGGGAUCCCAGACUCUGUAGUCCUGAAUGCAGAGCUGCAACUGGAUUGGCUUAAAGGUGUGAGGGGCGGAGUUAAGAGAGUUUAUUUCCUGGAUUCCCAUCAGCCCCAGCACACAGGGGUCCUAACGCUUGGCCACAGCCGUCCUCACUCCUGCCUGAACUAUACUGUCUACCUACGAGGGGAGGAUGAGUUUAGGGAUAAAUUGACUCCCAUCUCAUUGGCUCUGAACUACAGUUUAGCCCCUCCUUCCAACCUGGACCUCCCCCCUGUCCUCAACCGUUACAGCAGUAGCUUCCUGCAGGAACAGGCAUAUAUUCUGCUGGACUGUGGGGAAGACAACGAGUGUAUUCCAGACCUCCAGCUAUCUGCAAGCAUAGACCGUACAGAGCUGGUGGUCGGGGAUGACAACCUGGUCAUGUUGACCAUAAACGCGGUUAACAAAGGAGAGGGGGCAUAUGAGACUGAGUUACACACACUCCUACCCCCUGAGGCUGAUUACAUAGGAGUGGAACGCAGGAUAGAGGCUCUAUCCAGGUUGAACUGUGAGUACAGGAUGGUGAAUGACUCCAGACUGGUGGUGUGUGACCUGGGGAACCCUAUGGUUGCCGGAACAGAAGUAUCUGUAGGUUUAAGGUUUGCUGUCCAAAGGCUGGAUGAUGCCGGUCCUCACAUUGACUUUGACCUACAGAUCCACAGUUCAAACAAAGACAGCUCCAAGAGCAACCCAGUCAGUCUGUCUCUCUCCAUCUCUGCCAGAGCUCAGCUAGACCUGAGGGGGGUGUGUCAUCCCUCUCAGGUGGUUCUUCCGUUUCCGCAUUGGGAGCCCAAAGAGAAUCCGGUCAAAGAGGAUGACGUAGGACCCCAGGUCACACACAUCUACGAGCUCCAUAACUCAGGUCCCAGUAGUAUCCGGGAGGCGGAGCUCCAGGUGGGCUGGCCCUCUCGUUUCCGUGACGAACACCUGCUCUACGCUCUGGAGGUUCUAACAGACGGACCAAUCAGCUGCCGGAGCAACACCAGCCUCAACCCCCUGGGCCUACAGACAUCCUCUGUCCAGGACACUCCAGAACUGUUGGGCUUUCUGAGGAACAGUAGCUCUCCUCACCGCUACAGACGAGCCACCAAUGCUGCCCAGCCCUACAGCAGCAAGACCCUGAACUGCAGUAACAUCAUUUGUCUAAGAGUUCUGUGUGUGGUCGGGCGGUUGGACCGUGGUCAGAGCGCUGUAGUCAAGAUCCGCUCCCGACUCUGGGCUCACACCUUCCUCCAGAGACGUAACGACCCAUACCUCCUCAACUCUACCGUGUCCUUCAGAGUGACGGCCCUGCCCUACCGCCUCCAACCCUCCUCCUUACCCCAACACACCACUGCAAUGGGUACACUGGUGCUGUGGGGAACUCCUGAUGUGGCGUUUGCUAUUCCUCUGUGGGUCAUCAUCCUAGCCAUCCUUCUGGGACUGCUGGUCCUGGCCAUGCUGACACUGGCCAUGUGGAAGUGUGGUUUCUUUGACCGGGCUCGGCCGCCAGCGGAUGACGUGUCAGACCGUGAGCAGCUGACCUCUGGCCAAUUAGCAGACGCCUAAGAACACUCACUGGCACCAUGGAGACCAGUUCCUGAUUCGAGGAGGCUGUUUGGGAUGAGUUCCACCUCUUGAGUGAAAUUAAACUGAAAUGAGAUCUGCAGGCAGACUGCAAACUCACAGAUCAAAGGUUAUUUACCCCUUUUAAAGCUGAUCUGUCAUCAGUGAGUGGACUGCAAACUCACAAACCAAAGGCUGAAGUACCAUUAAGACUGGUAAUUCAAACGGCACCAGAGAGACUGGGAACCAUGCACACAGACGGACCUACACACAUUAACACUAUUUAAGCCAACACAAUGACUUUGAUGUAUAUGAGGCCUCAAGACAAUUUUGGACAAGUAGAAUGGACUCUGGUUCUAACCCUGCUUGUAGUUGAAUAUGUUUCUAUGCACCGCUUGCCUCUGUGGGUUCGACAGGGGAUCUGUAUGGUUGGAUAAUUCAGUUGGAGUUAACCAGUCUGGCUAACUUCAAAUGGAGUUCCAUCUGAUGUCAGUGACUUGGUGUCCGCCUGCUUUCACUGUUAAAUACAUUCCAUCAUUGAUCAAUCACACAUAUGCACACAUACAUGCGCACACACACGAAUGCACACGUAAACACACGCAUGCACACACAGGGGGCUGUACAGUAUAUAUCUACGGAUGGUGUAUGUGCAAUAUUGGGAUAUUCUGUGUGAUACUGAAGCUUGUUUACACUGGUAUUAUUUUAUUAGAACUUGAUGUUCAAAUUGUUUGUGUAUAUUGUUUAGUUAGUAUACUAUUGUGUAUGUGAGUGUUUUUGUUGGUAUAUUAGUGUAUGUGUCUUCGGAAAGUAGAAGAACCCUUAACUUUUUCCACAUUUUGUAAUAUUACAGCCUUAUCCUAAAAUUAAUUAAAUCAUUAUUUCCCCUCAUCAAUCCACACACAAUACCUCAUAAUGACGAAGCAAAAACAAGUUUUUAGA